UCGACCAUCUCUCUACUGUACAACUCUUUAUUACUACCUGGACUUAGCAUUUGUGUUUUCUAUGUGAUAUUAAUGUGUGUUUAAAACAUUCAUCCACCUUUCAGAGAAACAGAGAGAGCCAGAGAUGGGAGUAAUACAGUACGUGAUUCUGAUCCUCACUGCCUCUGUUUGCCACACCUAUGGAUACAGUAGUGGGGCCCCUUCAUUUACCUGCUCUAACAUGAUGCCCUCCCAUGGCUCGUUUAGGUCAAAGACUAACCCAGAAAGAUACUAUCAAAUCACCAGCAAUACUAAUUCUUAUACACCAGGAGAUACAGUGUCAGUGACCAUUACAGCCCUGAAUGGAGAGCAGUUUAAGGGGUACCUGUUACGAGCUGAAUAAUAUAACUAUCAAAUACCUAUUAUAUAGUUUACUUUUGAUAGCCCCCCCCAGGAGGGGACAGGAAAUCCUGUGGGGACCUUCAGUAUCACUAAUGGGGGGAAAGUUACGUGUGGCCCAGCGUUCAAUGAAGCAGUGACUCACACCACGGGAGCUCCCAAGACAACAGAAACAUUUACAUGGACGGCACCAGCUAACAACAGAGGAAACAUUGUCUUUGUGGCCACCAUUGUAAAGUCUUAUACAGACUUUUGGACAGAUCUUCGCUCCAGCCCUCUAAGUGUAGAUGUCACUACUCAAGAGACCACCACCGCUCAGGAAACCACUAAAGUGUCUGCCACCACCAAGCUGUUUACCGCCACGACAGUUUCUGAGGUCACUGACAAGAGUACAGAGGCUGUAGAACCUACAACAAACUCACCUGUAAGCUCUACAAGGUCAUCUACCACAACAAAAUCACCCACAACAACAGAAACAACACAGGCUCCAGUGUCGGGGGCCCUGACGAUGGAUGCCAGAUGUGGGGACACCCGCGGAUGUUUCGUCAACUGUCAAGGAGGAGUUUGUCAGUACGUCGCCUCGUGGCACCAUCACCCUGACUACGUCGACUUCACCAUCGAACGAAUGGUUCAGGGGGGAGGUCAAAAAUGGGUGGCUAUAGGAUUCUCCCAGGACAAGAAAAUGGGUGAAGAUGAAGUUUUACACUGUAUAAGUGAUAAUGCUGGUCAUGUGUCUGUGGGAAGGUCAUUUAACCUGGAGACCAGCAAUCAGCCAAUCAGUAAACCACAUGAUGGUAUAUCUCUAGCCACAGGAUCGUACAGCGAUGGAGUGUUCAAGUGUUCCUUCAGGUAUUCCCAGGUACCUCACCAGAACAGCAGGAAGAGGAGACAGGCCACGCGACCGAUGAUAGAUCUACGUCAUCAUCGUCACAUCAUGCUGGGGGAUGGACAGGCAUUCGGAGAUAUGCUAGGGAUGCACACAGUGAACCCUGUAGUUACGCCUCAUAUAGUGGACAUCAGAUCCACACAUAUCAUAGGGGAUGUAGCUAGAUAUCCACUCGUCAAAGUUCACGGUUGCCUGAUGAUUCUAGCCUGGAUCUUUUGUACCGGGGUGGGUCUAAUUUUUGCUCGUUUCUACAAACCUGUCUGGUCUGAUCGCACCAUUCUUGGACUCAAAGUCUGGUUUCAGUUCCAUCGCGGUCUGAUGGUAACUACUCUGGUCUUGACUCUCGUAGGAUUCAUCAUCAUAUUCGUGGAAGCCAAUGGUUACAGCAAAAUAUCUGCUCCAAUUGGCAAGGCGUAUUUACAGAGUCACCCGAUACUUGGUAUUAUUGUCACUAUCUUAGUAGUGGCCAAUCCCAUUAUGGCCUUGUUUCGUCCAGGCCCAAAAGACAAAAACCGUCCUAUUUUUAACUGGGCCCAUUUGGCAGUGGGCAUGGCUGCUCAUAUACUAGCAGUUAUCAGUAUUUGUUUUGGUGUUGAACUACAAAAGGUUGGGGCGCCUAAAUACACCGUUUACGUGGUGGUAGGAUAUAUUGUCUACCACAUCCUAAUGGAGAUAACACUCAAAUUAUAUGACUUAUUCGCUGAAAGGCAAAACACAGCUAGAAUAGAACAGAUGGAGAUGAAAAACGGAAAUGGAACAACAUUAAAUGGAAGUGCCUUCAGACCAGAAGAACCAAAACGAGACCAAAAGGACAGCACCAUUAAGAAGAUUCUCCUUGUUUUCCAUGUUGCCAUAGUGUUUGCUUUCACACUGACCUUGUUGCUAUUAGUAACCCAGUACUGAUGAUGUGGUGAGAAAGCUGAAAAAUUUCACAUUUUGGAUUUAGUCAGUUAACAUAUGGGGAACAAAUUCUGACAUCAGCUACAUCCUGUGCUGAAGUCACUUAACCCAGGGCUACCCCAUUGUGUAAAUUUUUAAGAUGUACUUUGUGCCAAUUACCGAUGAUAUAUUGAAAAUUUAUGUAUACCUAUGUUCUGCUACUUUGGCAUUUUACAAAUGACAAAUAUGCAUUGUUUUAUGUAUAUCUCUUCAAAAUGAAGCUUACAGUAUUUGAUAUACAUACCAAAUCAGUGCUGAUUGUUCAGCACGGAGGUUUUGUUUGACUGUUAUGACCUCAGCAUACGAGUGGGUGGCUCCUUGGACUUCUACAUGUAACUUUUUCCUAGUCAUCACCCUUGAGAUGUUUAAAAGGACAUCACCCUGAGAUGUUUACAGGGCCAUCACCUUUGAGAUGUUUACAAGGACAUCACCCUUGAGAUGUUUACAAGGACAUCACCCUUGAGAUGUUUACAAGGCCAUCACCCUUGAGAUGUUUACAGGGUUAUAACCCUUAUGAUGUUUUUAGUGAUAACACCCUUGAGUUGUUUACAAGGACGUCACCCUUAUGAUGUUUACAGGGUUACCCCCUUAAAUGGACAUUGUCUUUAAGUAUUGUUAAUGAUGUAUCUGUCUACAGUGCUUGGUGAAACUCCUGCUAAAUGCCUUACUGUAUUAAGUUAUGUAUGUACCUUUAUGAUCAUAAAAGUACUGGGAAAUCAUUUCAAUUUGUGGGGGUCAAUUUUCAUGGUCAAGCAAAUCUUUACCUGUUUGCAGGGACGAAAUUUUAUCGGUUACUUAUUUUUACAGUAGAUUCGAUGAAUCAAUUUAUGUUUUCAAAAUAAAUGUUUGUGGGUGACCCAUGAACAUUGGAACCCCAUGACCAAUGAUGAUUCCACAGUACUUGGUACAAUUAAGUAUCAGGGACAAGUCAGCACUAUGAUUCUCAACACGACACAAAGCUAGGGAUUGUGGGCUUUAUUGUGAUAAUAUUAAAACAGUUGAUGUGGUAUGUAAGUUGCCCUGAACUGAGACCAUUCUUUGUUUUUAAUGUAAGAUUUUCAUGUCAGCAGUGACGAAGACGACUGCCAUCUGUGUUCACUUGU